AUGCCGGUAGCCGGCUCCGAGCUGAAGCUGCAGCCCGCCGCUCAGCAGCAGGGCGCGGAGGCACCGCGCCACGGGGAACUUCAGUAUCUGGGGCAGGUGGAGCACAUUAUGCGCUGCGGUUUCAAGAAGGACUGCACGGGCACAGGCACCUUGUCGGUGUUAGGCAUGCAGGCGCGAUACAACCUGAGAGAUUACUUGGGUCAAGGAGUAGACCAGCUGCAAAAAGUGAUUGACACCAUCAAAACCAGCCCUGAUGACAGAAGAAUCAUCAUGUGUGCCUGGAACCCAAAAGAUCUUCCCCUGAUGGCACUGCCUCCUUGCCAUGCCCUCUGCCAAUUCUAUGUAGCGAAUAGGGAGCUGUCUUGCCAGCUCUACCAGAGGUCAGGAGUUAUGGGCCUGGGUGUGCCCUUCAACAUUGCCAGCUAUGCCCUGCUCACCUACAUGAUUGCACACAUCACAGGCCUAAAGCCAGGGGAUUUUGUCCAUACGUUGGAAGAUGCACAUAUUUACCUGAAUCAUAUCGAGCCCCUGAAAAUUCAGACUUACGCAAAUUAUGACGUGUUUCACAGGAGCCCCAUCACAGAGAGCCUUGCAACUAGUGACCCGAAUGGUAACAUCUCUUGGUACAAAGAAGCACUUGUUCUGAGCCCAGUGAUACAGAAGCCGGCUGACUUCAGUGAGGGGCGGUACCCCACUGUAAGCCUCAGUCUUGCACACACAGCUGACCCCUAG